UUACGUGAUGGGGAGUGAAGGCAUGAAGCAGAUGGCCCGUGCAUCUCUUCUUAUUUCGGGUCUCGACGGUCUAGGACUUGAAAUAGCCAAAAAUGUUGUUCUUGCUGGGCUUAAAUCUGUAACUCUUCACGACACUAAGAAUCUAACGCAGUCAGAUAUGUCGACCCACUUCUACUCUAACGAAAAAGAUUUGGGGAGAAACCGUGCUGAAAUAAGCCGAGCAAAGCUGGCUGAACUAAAUGGCUACGUCAGCGUCAGUGUUCUUUCGUCACCUAAGCUUAUCGCAAGUGAUAUCACAUCCUUCGAUGUCUUUGUCUUAUGUCAAGAUACCUUUGACGAAUGUGCCCGAUUAGGGCAAAUUUGUCAUGAUCUUGGCGUUAAAUUCAUUUGUGUUGGCACACGUGGUGUCUUUGGGCAACUUUUCUGUGACUUCGGUGAUGAGUUCACUUUGACAGAUGCCACUGGUGAGGAGCCAAUCUCUGUUAUGGUGCAAACAAUUGAAAAGUCUGAAAAUGCAAUUGUUACAUGUCUCGAAGAAACACGGCACGGUUUCGAGGAUGGAGAUUACGUAACAUUUAGUGAAGUAAAAGGAAUGGAAGAGUUAAAUGGGUGUGAGCCCCGUAAAGUCACCGUAAAAAGUUUUUUGGAUAGUUAUGUCGCUCCAACUAUGAUGAUCAGCGACUUUGGAAAGUUCGAUAGAUCAUCUCAGCUUCACUUGUACUUCCGCGCGCUCUCAAAUUAUUUAUCUCAAUAUGAGACCCUACCGCGUUCAUGGAAUUUAGACGAUGGAAAGAAGUUUCUUGAAGUUGCGCGCAAAUUAAAUGAUUCUUUAAAAGCAACACAAGCCUACGUGGACCAAAUAGAUGAAAAGCUGAUCAGCCUCUUUGCGAGCACAUGCUCUGGUCAAAUUUGUCCCAUGCAAGCUAUUAUGGGUAGCAUUACAUCGCAAGAAAUAAUAAAGGCUACGUCUAGUCGCUUUUCUCCCAUUUUACAAUGGCUAUAUUUUGACGCAACAGAAUGUCUUCCAGAAACUAUUAUUUCAGAACCCUUUGGUAGCCCUAUCUCUGGAUCAAAACCUACCUUCGUAAUUGCUGAAGGUGAUGCAGCUCCUAAGGGAGGACGAUAUGAUGGCCAAAUAGCUGUAUUUGGAAGGAACUUCCAAGAAAAACUAGGAGACCUCAAGUAUUUUAUCGUAAGUCUCUUUUAG